AUGCGCGAGCUCAUCACAUUCGCCGUUGGUCAGGCGGGAAACCAGAUCUCGUCCGCCUUCUGGCAAAGCAUCCUCAACGAACACGGUCUCGAUGGCACUGGUCGGUACAUUGGCGAUAAUGAGGAGGAGCAACUCGCCAGGGUAGGCGUCUUCUUUGAGCCCUCUGGUCAGGAGGGCAAGUUCGUCCCACGAUCCAUCCAGGUCGACUUGGAACCGGGCACUAUGGACACCAUCCGAUCCGGUCCACUGGGCAAACUCUUCCGACCCGACAACUACAUCAAUGGCGAAUCCGGCGCUGGUAACAACUUCUCCAAAGGAUUCUACACCGAAGGCGCCGAGCUGCUCGACCAGGUGCUCGAUGUAGCGCGAAAAGAGGCAGAGAAGGCCGACAUGCUCCAAGGCUUCCAGCUCGUCCACUCGCUCGGUGGAGGUACUGGAUCCGGUCUCGGUACCAACUUGCUCACCAAGCUGCGCGAGGAGUUCCCCGACCGAAUGCUCGCAACCUGGUCCGUCCUUCCCUCGCCCAAGGUCUCCGACACCGUCGUAGAGCCGUACAAUGCCACCCUGUCCUUCCACCAGCUCGUCGAGAACUCGGACAUGACCUUCUGUCUGGACAACGAGGCGCUGUACGACAUUUGCCAGCGCACGCUCCGCACCAAGAACCCCACCUAUGCCGAUCUCAACUCGAUCAUCUCCUAUGCCAUGUCCGGUUGCUCCACCACGCUUCGUUUCCCUGGUCAGCUCAACUCGGAUUUGCGCAAGAUGGGUGUCAACCUGGUCCCCUUCCCGCGUUUGCACUUCUUCACCACCGGAUUCGCGCCGCUGGUCGCGCCCGGAUCUAAGGCGUAUCAAUCGCUCAAGACGUCCGAACUCAUCGCGCAGGGGUACGAUCCCAAGAACAUCAUGGCGGCCAUCGAUCCGCGUCAUGGAAAGUACCUCACCGUCGCCGCCAUCUUCCGUGGCAAGGUCAACGCGCGCGAUGUCGAAAACGAGAUGUACAACCUCCGCGAGAAGAAUCCAGCCGGCUUCGUCGAGUGGAUCCCCAACAACGUGCUCACGAGUCUGUGUGACAUUGCGCCACCGCAGCUCAAGAUGUCCGCCACCUUUAUCGCCAACACCACGUCGAUCCAGGAAUUGUUCAAGCGCACGCACGAUCAAUUUAGCCUCAUGUUUAGGAGGAAAGCCUUUUUGCACUGGUACACGGGUGAGGGGAUGGACGAGAUGGAGUUCACCGAGGCCGAGAGCAACCUGAUGGACCUGAUCGCGGAAUAUCAGCAGUACGAGACGGCUGGUAUCGACGAGGACGAGGCGUACGAGGGCGAGUACCAGGAGGAAGGCGCAGCAGACGGCCAGGAGUAUGCCGAUGAUAGCGUCCAGUAUGCGGAAUGA